GACUGCGGACAUAGUACAGGAGAUGACCAGAGACUGCGGACAUAGUGCAGAUGACCAGAGACUGCGGACACAGUACAGGGAAUGACCAGAGACUGCGGACACAGUGCAGGAGAUGACCAGAGACUGCGGACACAGUACAGGAGAUGACCAGAGACUGCGGACACAGUGCAGGAGAUGACCAGAGACUGCGGACACAGUGCAGGAGAUGACCAGAGACUGCGGACACAGUACAGGGAAUGACCAGAGACUGCGGACAACAGUGCAGGGGAUGACCAGAGACUGCGGACACAGUGCAGGGAAUGACCAGAGACUGCGGACAGUGCAGGGAAUGACCAGAGACUGCGGACACAGUGCAUUGAAUGACCAGAGACUGCGGACA